AUGCUGCCCCUCGUUGCCCUGUUUCUCCUGAUUGGGCAGUCAGUGUGCACUACAACAGGGGACAGAGAGGAUCUGACCCUCAGCAAGGAAGCAGAGUCCUGGAUGACCGUGAACUUGAAGGGACUCCCUGUUGCCAGUAUUGAACUGCAGCUUCAGGAGUUGAAGAGAAGCAGAACUCGCCAGUUCUAUGGUUUGAUGGGGAAGCGGGUGGAAGGUUAUCAGCUGGGACGAAUAAUGCAGGACCUCCUUGGCGCGAGAGGCUUCUCCAUAGAAGGAGCCUGCAGCCAGGAGACACACCACGAGAGUGCAGAGCCCGGAGCAGUGGCCAGGGAAAGCCUCCAGAGUAAACAGGAAGACCAGACUCUCUCAAUCACCAGCAACGUGUAGCACUCUCCCGGGACACGGAAGAGGAUGACCAGGGUUUAGAGUGAGCCCCAAAGGACGCUUCCCAAAUGAUGCCAUGCCCACCUCUCCCUGAACGUUACAGCUGAAGCGCCUCAGGCCAACAGUCCAGUGUCUUCUGUCCUUAACUUGGGCAUUCAUGCCAGGCCAGCACUGAGCCCUGCAUUUCUCCCAGGCCUCUUGGCACCAGGUAGCAAUGGCACACAAAGCAGUGCUGCCUCACAGGCUGCAGUGGCCCAGUUCUCCCUUGCACCCAGGCUCUCGUGUCUGUGUAUUACAGGGUAAGAUUCACACCCUGUAACUCAUGCCCAACAGUGGGGCUCCAUGAAAGUGAGCAGUGCAGAA